AUGGGCUCUGUCUCUCCGUCAGCGGUGGGCUUGGCAAAUAACACUGUUAAGGUCGGGUCUUUUGACAGUAACUUUGUGCUGGGGAAUGCGCAGGUCCAGUCGCUGUAUCCCAUCGUGUAUUGUUCAGAUGGCUUCUGUGAACUCACUGGCUAUGCCCGUGCAGAACUGAUGCAGAAGAGCUGUGCGUGUCAUUUCCUGUAUGGGCCGGAGACCAGUGAUAAACUGAUGGCACAGAUCCAGGGUGCACUGGACGAAAGGCGGGAGUUUAAGACAGAACUGGUCUUCUACAAAAAAGGAGGAACUCAGUUCUGGUGUCUUCUGGAUAUUGUGCCCAUAAAGAAUGAGAAGGGAGAGGUGGUGCUCUUUCUAGUAUCACACAAGGACAUAACAGACAAUAAGAAAGUCCAAGAUGAAGAACAGAGCCCAGAAAGAGACGAGGAGACGGGGCUGGAGGUGCACAAGGUCACGCAGCCACCAGGCUUCAAUGCCAACCGGCGACGCAGCAGAGCUGUGCUUUACCAGCUGUCUGGACACCUGCAGAAGCAAGACAAGAGCAAACUCAAGAUCAACAAUAACAUGUUCGGUGAGAAGCCUCCCAUCCCAGAGUACAAAGUGGCAGCCAUUCAGAAGAGCCGUUUCAUUCUCCUCCAUUACGGCACCUUCAAAGCUGGAUGGGAUUGGCUGAUCUUGUUAGCCACUUUUUAUGUAGCAGUUACUGUGCCCUACAAUGUCUGUUUCACCGUUGUUGGUGGGCGGGAUGACGUGUCGACCCCAAGAAGUCCACCGAGUGUGAGCGACAUCUUGGUAGAAAUCCUUUUCAUGUUAGAUAUUUUAUUAAAUUUUCGCACCACAUUUGUGAGCACAUCAGGCCAGGUGGUGUAUGAUGCGCGCUCUAUCUGUGUACAUUAUGUCACCACCUGGCUUUUUGUGGAUCUGAUUGCUGCUCUACCUUUUGACCUGUUGUACGCCUUCAAUGUCAGUGUGUACUUUGGAGUUCAUCUGCUGAAAACAGUUCGCUUGUUACGGCUUCUACGCUUGCUGCAAAAGCUGGAGCGGCUACUCCCAGUACAGCGCAGUGGUACUCACAUUACUCAUGUCCAUGUUUGCCUUGCUGGCACAUUGGAUGGCCUGUGUCUG